AUGUCGAGGGCUCCAUCGCCUUCAAUGGACAUCAAUGUCCCAAUAGCAGCUGCAACAUCGUCCAUGGCCCCACUGCUGCAGCCCGCAAAACCAAAGAUGCCACCGCCAAAGAAGUCGGGAAGGGCGCUCAUGCGCGAGGAGGGUCUCGAGCGGACUGACAAUAACCUCCGAACCCACUCAUGGCCCAUGACCCCCAUGAUCAACCAGAAGAACUACUACACUGAAUAUCUCAAGCGCGAUGACCAGAUCAUGGUAUUCCGCCAGCAGCAAGAGGAGGCUGUCCGCGCGCAGGCAUUGCUGGCUGAGAAGGAGCGACAAGCUGCGGCUGCGGCUGCCGUAGACCCGAAUGCGAUGGAUAUCGACAGCCAAGCUGUUGUCGACGAUGCAGCUGCCAAUGUGGCCGCGGAGGAGCAGGAGGAGGCUACGCUCGGGAGUAAGGUCAUUGUGAUCCACCCAGGAUCGCAGAACCUAAGGAUUGGCCUGGCGAACGAUGCGUUGCCGAAGAGCUUGCCGAAUGUAAUUGCGAGGCGCGCAAAUAAGGCGGAGUAUGAGGAGGAAGAGAGGAGCCCCAAGAGGACGAAGGUUGUGGACGAUGAUGGAGACGAGGUCGAAUCGGACGAUGCAAUGUUUGGAGAAGAGUUUGAAACGGAGUUUAAUAAGAUGUCGAAUGAGCUUAAAGUCCGCAUGCGACAUAAUAAACGCCGUAUUCUACCAAACUCUAGAGAUCUCGUUCUUUCGUACAAUCGUCGUACUCCCCCGGAAAUAAUCAAAGAGCAUAACGAUCCAUACCGUGUUGACUGGACGGAGAUGACCAAAAAGAGUGAAUAUUUUGUCGGCCAUGAAGCUCUGAGGAUUCCAGACAAUUCAAACCCUCGGUACAGGUUAUUCUGGCCAAUCAGGUACGGAACUUUCAAUGAGCGCGAUUACAAGUCCAAAAGACGGGUCCUCGAAGAUGUAUCUACAAUUAUUGAAGAUGCGAUCAUGAAAGAGCUCAAGCUCGAAAAGAAAGAUCUCAAGACGUAUUCUUGCGUACUGGUAGUUCCGGAUCUGUAUGAAAAGAAUUAUGUCACGGAAAUGCUAGAUUUGCUGUUGAAGGAAUUCUGGUUCUCGCAAGUUUGCAUCAUACAGGAAUCAUUGGCCGCCUCUUUUGGCGCUGGCUACUCACAAGCCUGUAUCGUGGAUAUUGGCGCGCAGAAAACCUCAAUCUGCUGUGUUGAAGAAGGGAUGUGCGUGCAAGAAUCACGAUUGAACCUGAAAUAUGGUGGUCAGGACGUAACAGAAGCAUUGCUGCAGAUGAUGUUAUCGAACAACUUCCCGUACCAAGAGAUAAAUCUAUGGCAUCGAUAUGAUUAUCUUUUGGCUGAGGAGCUGAAAAUAAAAUACUCCACGCUCAAUGACUCGGAUAUCAGCGUGCAGGCGCAUGACUUCCAUUUGCGAACGCCCGACAACGAUACUAAAAAAUAUUCGUUCAAGACAUACGAUGAAGUUAUGCUAGCUCCACUGACCCACUACAAUCCCACACUCCUCGACCACUCCGAAAAGCUCCGCGGCCGCCGUUCUCUCUGGGAGCGCUCAUACGACCUCUAUGACGGCCACCCCAACGACCCAGGCUCAACAGCCCAAUUCCAACUCUUCCAAUCGCUCGCCCCACGCCCCCCCACCCCCGAACCCUCCUUCAAUCCCUCCCUCACAACUCCCGCACGCCCAGCUCAACCCGGCUUCCCCAGCACAUUCGGCAUGCACCUCAACACCACUGACACCCCCCGCUCCUCCGCCGCCGGCUCCCCCGUCCCCGAAGGUACGCCCAACGCCGCCGGCUCCGUAACACCUCUCCAACCCGGCAUGCUCAUCUUCAACAGCGGCGGCGGCGGUUCCGUCGGCGCCCCCAACAACGGCAGUGGCCGCUCGGCCCUCGAGCUCGCUGAGGAGCGCGACAAGAUCGUCCCGGUGAUGCCGCUCGACCGCGCUAUUGUUGAGUCGAUCGCGCAUGCCGCUAAGGGCGAGGAGAAGAAGAUUCGUGACUUCUUGUCCGGGAUUAUGGUGGUUGGCGGCGGUGGUCUGGUCUCGGGCUUCAAUCACAUGCUUGAAGAGAAGGUGAGGGCGCUGAAGCCCAGUAAGGAUUAUCAGAUUAUUAUUGGAGUGCCGCCGAGAGAGCUAGAUCCGCAGGUGAUUGUGUGGAAGGGGGCAAGCGUGUUUGGGAAGUUGAGGGGCACAAAUGAUAGUUGGAUUAGGCAGAAUGAAUAUGAUAUGCUAGGGGCGAGGCUGCUCACGUACAAGUGUUUGUGGACUUUUUAG